UGAAAGAGCUUCUAAUUUUUGUUAGGUUUGUUUACAUCACUCCCAACUUGUGUUCAACAAAUAAAAUAAUAAUUUAAGCAUAAAAAGGUCAUUAAUAUAAUAAGGACAUUAUUUCCAAAUAUCCCCGGAUUCAUUAUCAGUAGAAAAAGGAUUCAAAAUUUAGAAAAUUCUUAAAAGUAAGUCGAAAAUUAAAGAAACAAAAAAAUUAUCUAAAGUCACGAGGAUGGAAGAGGAAAAUGAGAAUCAACAGAAAAUGGAAGAAUGGGUGUCAGACCGAAAGCCACACAAAAUUCCAGUUCCAACACAAUAUCGGCAAGCUGCAAAAAUAUUAAAACAAAUUGUUGAAGAAGGAAAAUCCUUCAAAGAAUUAGUUUACAACAAUAAACACAUUAAAACUGGAAGCACAGUAGCUUUAUUAACAAAGAUUCAAGCGAAUGAAAUUCAACUUGAACAAAUCAUGGCGAAGACAGAUAUUUUGCAAAAUAUUCCAAACAUUUUCCUCGCUAAGAUUCUCGUUGCUGAAUUGAUUUUCGGUCGUGGACAAUUAAAUGGACACUCGAAACCAGUUGAAUGUGUUUUAUCAAAUCAUGAUAAAUUAAAGGAAGCUUUGGCUGAAUUAGGCGAGAAUCCUAAUCAGCAAUCCAAACUUCAACAAUAUAAAGAAAUGGGUAAAAGAAAUAAGAAAUCUAAACUUAAUGUUGUGGCUGAUGCUAAUGAUGAGGAAAGUAGUCAAAGUGAUAACACAACAAAUAAUCAAGAAGACAAUGACGCUCUGAUUCCUUACCACACAAAACAAGCUUCGUUCGCAUUGCUUUUCUUACUCUUCUUCAGUGUUUUAAUGUUCACUUUGCCAUUCCUCGCAUUUUACGGAACUCAAAUGUUGCUCCGCGAUUAUUUUCAUAUCGAUGGCUUUCAAAAUACUUGCUGUGACAUUUUCUUAACAAAAAAAAAUUUCUCGUUUAUUUUUCUUUCAGUUCCACGGUACAUUCGACUUAACACGAUCUUGAUAAAGAAAACAGAAGCAAAAGAGUAUCUUGAAAGAGAAGGUUGGCGUUUGAUUGAAAGUUCGUUUGAAACUUACGAUGACUUUUUAGAAGCUGUAAAAAAUCUCGAUGACGAAAAUUAUUUGAAAGAUUUCCACAUCAAGAAUCUUUUCGUGUUUCCAUCAAGUUCGAGAAAAUAUUGGGCAACAAAUCCACUCGUUCAAGAAGGAAAGUUUCUGCUUCAAGAUAAAGCAAGUUGUCUGCCAGCAGUUCUUCUUGAUCCACCACAUAAAUCAACUGUAAUCGAUAUGUGUGCAGCUCCAGGCACUAAGACGACUCAUCUCGCUUCAAUAAUGAAGAACAAAGGAAAGAUUUAUGCAAUAGAAAUGAAUGUGAAACGUUAUCAGACAUUGUUGGAAAUGGUUGAAGGCACAGGCGCAACAAUAAUUCAACCAAUCAAUAAAGACGUCUUGGAAGUUAAGGACGAAGAUGUUCCUAAAGCUGAAUACAUUUUACUUGAUCCUUCUUGUUCAGGUUCAGGAAUGCUGAAUAGAUUUGAAAGUGAAGUGCGCAAUAAAGAUGCUGGUCGACUUUUCAAACUUGCUGGUCUUCAACACAAACUUUUAAUUCAUGCCAUGACAUCAUUUCCUAAUGUUGUUCGAAUUGUUUACUCAACAUGUUCAAUUUAUACGGAAGAGAACGAAGAAGUUGUGCUGAGUGUUUUAAGGAAAGUUUCAGAUUUUAAAUUAGUUGAUGCUGGAAAUUUGAUUGACAGUAAGUGGAAAAACUUUGGAAGCGAAAAAGUUUAUCCUGGAUUGGGAAGUAAAGUUCUUUAUGCAAGAACAUCCGACGAUCUUUCAAAUGGAUUUUUUGUAAGUGUCUUUGAAAGAUGUCAAGAAGGAGAAGUCAACGAAUUUUACGCUCAAAAGCAAGAAAACAUUAAAAGCCAAAAGAAAAACGAAGGAAAUCCAUUGAAAAGAAAAAAAGACAAUCAAGAAGUUACUGAAGAAAAUUCGGUAUCUGAAGUUGAAGUGAAGAAACCGAAAAAGAAAUGGAAGAAUAAAGGUUACAAUCAAUAA